AAUCCUUUUUACCUUUUCCCCUGGACGCACAGAUCUGCACAAUGGCAGAAUGGAAAACGCAGAUAAACUACAACUACAACUCCUCUUACCACGCGUACGCCUACAGCCUCAUGUACCAGCCCGGAUCAGAGCAAACCCACGUUAAUCUGAACUCAUGGGCCGAGUCCGGACUCUCAGAUCUGGGUAAUUCCACCGCGACCCAGAACUACUACCCUCCCGCUACCGCCGCACCGAGGAGCCCCGCGCAGACCCCGCCGCAGAGCCCGGAGCAGCCCGCCUACACCGCCGACGAACACUACCAGAGCACCGGGCUGGUCUACCUCGGUGACACUGAAGCGAGCAGGCUCCUUUUACCUGGACAAACGCGUGAACAUGAGGCCAGACUGACCGGAAGUGACUCCGCCAGCGACUCGGAGCCGCAAACGUCUCCAGAUUCCUGGAGCUCCGGCAGCAGUGGUGAAGGCUGUCUCCCUCAGGCUGACCCCACCACAUGGGCUCAGAAGGUGGACCUGGACGAGACGAGCAGCAGGAGCCCUGACUCUAAUGAAGAACUUCUCAUUAAAGAGGAGCCCCAAACCUACUGCAUGCUCGGCGGUGAGGGCGCUAAUGCUAUGACCACUUCUGCACCUUCAGUCGCCCCAAAGAAUCAAAGCACUACCAAAGGGAAGGUCCGGGCGUCUUUCUCCGAGAGCCAGAUGACCGCUCUGGCUCAGCGCUUCAACGUGCAAAGGUACCUCACUCCAGCGGAAAUGAAAAACUUGGCAGAAGUUACAGGGCUGACCUACAAGCAGGUGAAGACAUGGUUUCAGAAUCGAAGAAUGAAGCUUAGAAGACACCAGAAGGACAACAGCUGGGCAUCAGAGCGGUACAGUGUGCAGGACCAUGCAGGACACGGGGCAGUCUUCACCAACCUCCCCUCGCAGCCUUACGAUGGACAGACCAGACCAGCGCUGAACCAGGUGAUCGAGGCGGCCUUGAAGAAAACUGCACCUCCAAAUCUGGCCUUUUACCUGGCUGCGAUGGGAGGAGCGGCUGGGUCUACCGGUUACCCCACCUGGUCGUCCAACGCUCCCCAAAACGCCCUCCACAACAGACCCCAGGCUCCAAACUGGCCCCUGCCUUCAGACUCCUCCCAUUUCGACUACAGCGCAUUCAACCAUCCCAGUCUAGGCAAUGUUCCAGAUACAGGCUUUAGAGAGGGAGAGCAGAUCAACCGGGCAGCUCACAGCACCAUCAUUGCACAAACCGCUGUACCGUGA